AACUCCCACAAUUCUAUGAGAACUACAGCAAGAUUAUAAAAGGUACAAGUUGUUCUUUCACUAACAAUCGUGUGCGGAUUUUUCUUAAGUUCGGACAUAAAACUAUAAGCUUUCAAUAUAAGCAAUGAUUGUGCCUGAAUGUAUUGACAGAGAGUUAUUUGUAAAUGUGCUAAAAAGUCGGUUAAAACAUCAAAAUUUUGAAUUAAUAAAAUACAACGUCGAGGCGGGAUGUGCUCCCGGCGAUAACUACUGCAGUACCAUCUAUCGCGUAGUGAUCUCCUACUGUGAAGAUCGCGAGAAAAAAUCCCAGUGUAUUGUGAAGUUUAUGCUAAACAGUGGCCCUGGAAAGUCUUUGAUGGAAAGAACAAAUGUUUAUGAGAAGGAAGUUGAAAUGCUUUCAAAAAUCUUUCCUAAGUUAUCAAAAUUAGCUGGUGGAACACAAUUUGGGCCACAGUUCUACCUCACAAUCAAUAGAGAUGCUGAGAAGUUGAUUGUAAUGGAAGAUUUAGCAGAGUUUGGCUAUAAAAUGGCUGAUCGACUUCUUCUUCUAAACUACGAUCAAUGUUCUUUAGUUCUUAAGAAACUCGGGGAAAUGCACGGAUCAUCCCUUGUUCUUGGUGAAGAAGAUCCUUCAUCAAUGAAUGCAUAUGAUCAAGGUAUCCUUGAAGGAUCAAUAGAUGAUCCUGGUAACGCCCAAAAAUGUUUAAGCAACAAUUUUCCCACUCUCUGUGAGAUCGUCAAAACAUGGCCUGGAUAUGAAGAGAUCUCCAAGAAAUUAGAUGCAAUGAAUCCACGAAUUUGGGAAUAUUUCUAUGAGUGUACGAAGAGGGAUAAUGAUGGGUAUCGUGUACUUAAUCACGGAGAUUUCUGGAUCAAUAAUUUCCUCUUUAAGAACGACGAAAGCACCGGAAAGCCCAUUGAUUGUAUUUUUGUUGACCUCCAAUUCUCAUAUUAUACCUCACCGGCACACGAUCUUCAGUAUUUCUUCAAUACAAGCCCAACAGUAGAGAUCAGAGAAAAUCAGCGGGAGGAACUUCUACGCGUCUAUUAUGGAGCUUUCAAGAAGACACUUGAGAGUCUAAAGUACCAAAAGAUCCCAACUUUCGAUGAUCUUCUCGUGGAAAUGAAGAAACGCGAAAUGUACGGGUUCUUUGCUCUAAUCUACGUACAAUCAAUGGUUCUAAUGGAGCGACAAUCUGAAGAAGGAAGCGGAAUUGAAGGGCUUACAAAUAAAGAAUCCGCAAUGGAUAUGAUCAAGAUUAUGUUUACCGGUAAUAGGUACACAGAAGUAUUGAAAUCAAGCUUGAAACGUUUUGAUAAUUUGGGUGUAUUCAAUGUUUGAUUUAUUUUUGAUUUCUUUAAGUCAUAUUUUUAUAAGAAGUAAAAUUUUAUUAGAAUAUUGCUUGAAUGCAUGAAAAAUUUAAUAAAUGUUUGAAAUAUUUCACAAAAUACUUAUAAACUUUAAAAAAUAAAAAAUCUAACUUAUAAAAAUUAAAUGAUUUAAGAAGUUAGGGUACCUUUUUGUAACAUAUGGGGAUCACCAAAAAAAGAAACAUUAAUAUGUAGAAGAACCACGUGACGGAUCGGGAUGAUUUUUUUUUAAGUUAGAGGGCAUGGCAUGAUUAGCUAUCAUUUGAAUCCCAGUUUGUUCAAAUCGGUCAAUCCUUGCCUGAGAUUUAACCAAAAGUGUAUUUCUUCACUAUGGUUCACUAGAAUGGCUGCCAUGACCGAACCAUUUGACCGAUUUUCAAAAAUUUACCAGAUUUGGAAAAAGAAUUAAAUUACCUUUCCAGUGAUACUAUACUUGUCAAAAUCGGUGCACUUGCGGCUGAGAUGCAAGAGGUCAAAGUGAAAAAUUGUGAAAUGUUGAAAAAAGUAUCUUCUACCUAGGUUUAUAAAAAUUGGUUGCUAAAAAAUGAACGGGUUGACCGAUUUUCAAAAGUUUACCAGUUUUGGAAAGGUGAGAAAUGUACCUUUCCAAAACUGGUAAAUUUUUGAAAAUCGGUUGAUCGCAGCCGGAGAUAUAUAGGUAUUUGAAUUUUGCCACGUGUGGUGUAUAGAAUUAACCCAUUGUAAUGAAAAAAAUCUUAUAAGUAUAAAUUAUGUUUUAAAAAUGAUUUGAAUGAAAUAAAAAACAAUUUUUUAUCAAAAAUAUUUAAAUUAAUAAAAUAAAACUCUGAAUUUUACAAAAAUGAGUUUAUCAACAUUUUUUCCGGAUCAAUGAAGAAAGAAUCCAGCCUCAAUCAAUUCACAGAGUGUAUCGUACAUAGCAAAAUAAAAACCUACAAAAGCAAUAAAAGCAACAUAAAAAAUC